AUACCAAUCAAACACGACAGUCUCAACAAUCAAAAGCUUCAAAUUUUUCAUUGUCAAGAAUUCUCAAAAUGGCUAGAACAAAGCAAACAGCUAGAAAAUCCACCGGAGGAAAAGCUCCUAGAAAGCAACUGGCGACGAAAGCAGCAAGGAAAUCAGCUCCAGCCACCGGAGGAGUGAAGAAGCCACACAGAUUCCGUCCAGGAACAGUAGCGUUACGUGAAAUCAGAAAGUAUCAAAAAAGCACAGAGCUUUUGAUCCGUAAGCUUCCUUUCCAGAGAUUGGUUCGUGAGAUAGCUCAAGAUUUCAAGACGGAUCUUAGGUUUCAGAGUAGUGCAGUCGCAGCUCUUCAAGAAGCAGCUGAAGCUUAUUUGGUUGGAUUGUUUGAAGAUACUAAUCUUUGUGCUAUUCAUGCUAAGAGGGUUACGAUUAUGCCUAAGGAUAUUCAACUUGCGAGGAGGAUUAGAGGUGAGAGGGCUUAAGAUUUGAAGAAGAUGAAGAAGAAAAACAAUGGUCUAGUGUAGAUUUGCUUGUUUGCUCUCAUAAGAUUUGUAGAUUCAUGUUUUAGAUUUGGUUUUGAGUUUUCUUAGUCUUUUGUUCUGAAGUGUCUUCCAGAUGUUCGAUGAAAUGCCCAAAUGAAAAUUUAAUCUACUUUUGCAACUUUCUAAGAAUCAGUCUUCAGUUUAACUUAUUAGAUUUGCAAUUGAAGUUGUCAUUUUGGUUGUAACUUAUUUGUAUAUUGUUACAUCUGUAUUCAGGUCUUAGUGACUUGUGUCAAAAUGGUUCUAAUUUAUUGACCAAAGCAGGGUUAAUCAUUUUAUUUUCCUGCAGCAUAA